GUGAUUGUGGUGUGGCGUGUGUAAUAAUUUGGCGGCUUUGCUUAAUCGUUCAAUUGACACUAUGGCCGAUCUCCCGAGAUUUGGGAUCUGUCAAUUUCUAGCGUAGUACGGUAGCGGAUUUAUGUAAAUAUUUGCUAAAUUUCGAAGGAUAUUUAAUGAAUACGUUAUAUUUUUAUUUAUUUAAAAAAUGCAUUGUGUAAUGCAAACUGCAUAAAAUCAAACCAAAUCCUUAUAUUAAGUUUUACAGACUAAAAUGGAAGAAAUCGAAAGACUAGUAGCGAAAAUAUCAAUCAGUUCUUUUGAGGUGGAGUCCAUGCAUUUAGUAGAAGUAACUCAUGUUAUCAAUCCAUUAAACUUUUACGUUCGUCCGAUGAAGUAUAGACCCAUAAUCCAAGUGAUGGAGUACGUGGAACCUAAAACCAACACGAAAAGUUUCAAUGUUCAAGAUAUGGUCAUAUUUAAUGUGGCUUAUUCAUGUGGAGGUCGUAAGUACGUAAGGGGACGAGUAACUCGUAUAUCACAAAUUGAGAGUUUCCUCGCGUGUGAUAUAUUCGCAAUCGAUUACGGUUUUACGGAAAAAUUAAUCCCCAUUGAAUAUAUGUGGGAAUGCCCACUACAAUUGGCAAGUAUACCACCACUGGCUUGUGAUUGUCAGCUAGCUAAUUGUUACCCGCUGGAUCUCGAAGGAUUUUCGUCCGAUACAAUUGAUGCGUUUAAAUAUUACGCUGGAAACGAACCUGUGCAAAUAAAAGUUUUAGGCAAAAAACCUAACAGGAUUCUGGUUGAGUUAGUAAAUUCUGCUAUAGAGAGCAUUUCGACGCUGCUUGCUAUGCACGGAUAUAUAACAUUAGGUCACUUUUGUGAUGCCGUGGCCUGGAAUCCUAUUGUAGGUGGAAAGAGUAUUUACUUUAAUUUCAAAGAGCUCUCGGUUGGAGAAACGCUACAUGUGAGGGUUCAGUCAGGGGAUUCACUGAAUGGGUUUAAUGUUGUCGAAGUAAGCGACUACAAUAAGCACCUUGAAGAAAUUGGUGCCAUAACAUUUUACGCAAAGAAGGAUUUUUAUCUUUCGCCUUUACACUUCGUUCCAGGGAGAUUAGUCUGUAUCAAAAACGAUAAUGAGAAUAUAUACGAAAGAGCUUUCAUUAAGAAGGUGACAAGACCUUAUAAAAAGGCUAUUGUGCAGCUCGUAGAUUGGGGAAGAGAUGAAGAGCAUCAUAUUGGAAAAAUGAAAUACAUGCCCGCACAAUGCUUGAAGUCACCGGUUGUGUCGUUAUAUUGCAAAUCUGAUGAGAGUCAAGCCUGGGAUAAUGGUCUAGACCGUUUUUUGACGCCUGGCUUUGAAUUUAAUAUUACAAUUAAAAGUCUAGGAUACCAGUUCGAAUAUCCUAACACGGUUGAUAUAUCUCCUCUGGUAAUACCAGUUAAUGAUGAUGAUGAGGCCAGAGCUUUACCAGCUUAAUCUGAGCUAAUAUUGUUUUUUUUUUGCAUUAAAUAUAUAAUUUAUUCUUAACGUAGAAUAUGAUAUAAAUGAUGAUUAAAUAGUGUAGCCAGUAUACAAUAUUAUUAAACAAUGUAAUACAAUAC